AGCAAAUUUUCAUUCGUUUCUGCUUUGGAAUUGCUUGAAAAAAUCGUUGUUUACAUGCUUUAUUUUGGGGUUUAGGGUGUUGAAAACUUUUCUAAACAGUAAUUUGAUGAAGAUGGGGUAUAAGGCAACUUUUUUAGGAAUCAAAAAAGUCAGUUUGCGGGAUAAAAAUACAUCUCCGUUUAAGAGCUCGUAAAAUGCUCGUAUUUUAGCAGUCUCGAAAUGGUUUUCGAGCAGCAGUGCUAAAUUCCUUUCGUUCGUGCUUUGCCUCCCACUUGAAAGCACACUUGCAAAACAUAAGCAUCACACAAGAUGAGUGAGACUGCAGGAGAGAGGGGGCGAUGGGGGCCGAGCGAAGCAGCAGCAAAGCAGAAAGCAACAUGUAUAACGUCCAGUUGGAGAGCAGCAGUUGUGCGGAGAGGUUAUCGUUCGUGCUUUCUCCGUUCUUGCUUUGCAAGGGCAUAUUAUUCAUAGAAACCGGGGGUCUCCAAAAAUAGAAAGUACUUCCGAAAAGAUCAAUUUUGCAGCCCAGCCAUGACCAAUCCCGUACCGCCCGGCGUGGUGGGUCUUCCCUAUCGAUUUUCUGAUGAGCGCACGGUCAAGUUCGUCGAGCUCUACGGCCGGGAGCCUUGUCUGUGGAACAAGCGGCCCUACUUACGGCGAGCUCGAAGCGCCGCCUAUCGGCGAAUUCAGACCGGGAUCAAUGCCGACAUAGAGCCUUACGAAACAGGUCUGACCAUCCAGGGCGUGAAGAUGAAGAUCAAGAAUCUGCGCACUGGCUACCACCAGGAGCUGAAGAAGAUCCGGUCUAUUGCGGGAUAUCAGCCAAAGACACCUUGGUUUGCCCCACUUCAUGGCUUCCUGGCCGAAUUCUUGGACACGAAUGACUUCGAAGCGUCAAACCCGCCGCCACUUAGGCGUCUACAGAUUCGUCUCACAAGAUUGAAGCCCAUCAAGAUGCAAACCGAGAUCAAACCGGAUCCGGAUGACAUGUCUGCCCCAGAGUUGCCAUCCAUCCCGACGCCAUCGUCCUUGUUUACCAUCCUUCCAGCACCCAUGCCCAUGGAUCAGCCCCUCACUCCGCCGCCUUCGCUGCCCAAGGUCGAUGAGAUCAAUACGGCUCCACAUUCGGCUGUACAGAUGCCUCUUCCUAUGUCGACUGCCUGCUCUCUUUCUGAGAAGAGUGAGGUUUUGGGACUGGGACUGGGAUCAUCGGUAGCCGGGAGGGUAAAUGGAGUUGGACUGGGGGUGGGAAUGCGAGGUGAAGACGAGUUCACCUACUUCGGACUGAGCGUAGCUGCUCAGAUCCGAAAUAUGCCACUGGCCAGUGCCAUGGUGAUGCAAUCCAAGAUUCAGUACAUGAUCUCCAUGGAGCGUCGCAAGAUUGGCGGUCACUCGUGCGAUGUGGAUAUCUUUAACUAAUAACCAAGGACAUAGUCAGGAUCUGAAGAAGUUUCAUUUUGUAGUUUAUAAGAAGUGCAUUCCUUACAACUUAUCUGUGAAUACGAUUCUAAGUUAUUUAAUUGGAAUAACUUGAAAGAUUAUUUUUGAUUUAAGAUCUAACUGAAAUU